AGAUCUCCCGCCUCCGCCUCCCCGCUCAGCCGGCCUGGAGCUCGGGAGCUCUAGAGCUCGGGUCAGACUGGUGCGAUCGCGGGGCGCUGGAGGAGAGCCGCCGAGUCGCGCGCCGCUGUCCCGGCCCAGAGCCGCCCGGGCGAUGGGCUGACCCGGCAGGCAGGGGCCCAGGACAGCCAGGCGGGUGUUCCACCUCCAGCCGUGCGCGCCCAAGCCCCGAGCGAGGAGCCGCCGACUUCACCCCAAUUCAGAGGCCGAGCUCCCAGUGGCCCCAUUUGCUCUGAUCUUGAGGGACGGUUGAGGAAGCGAGAACCAGCUGCUGCUCACCCCCGUUCCGUGGCCUUGGCUCCGCCGCCUUCGGGGAGUCCGGGCGCCCCAGGCCAACGCACGGGCUGAACCCAGAUAUAUGAGACUCCACCUGCAGCUAUGGCGCAGAAUGGAUACUUCUUUGAAGAAACCGGGAACAACCAGAGCCCACCAAAAUCUCCCUCGGAGGCAUGGCCCCGGGUUCACUUACCGUCGCUUUUGCCUGUGCCCUCCUCCUCUGUCACAGAGGAAAAAAGAAGGGACGGCUCAAGGAGGAGGAGAACGCAUUUAGGAGGCUACCUCAAGUGUGACACGGAGGAUGGCGUCGAGGGAACAGAAGAAGAGCUCUUUGACACCGUCAACUCCUCCAUCGUGUCAGGAGACAGCAUCCGGUUCUUUGUCAACUUCAACCUGGACAUGCAGGCCAACUUGAGCGAGGACGCCAGUUCCGGCUGCGUGCUCCUGCACACCUCCAGGAAGUACCUGAAGUUAAAGAACUUUGAGGAGGAGAUCCGAGCGCACCGCGACCUGGACAGCUUCCUGGCCCGGGCCAGCAUCAUCCUGAACGAGACGGCCACCACGCUGGACGACGUGCUCUGCGAGAUGCUGCGCCGCUUUUCCCAGGACCCAAACAACGCCGAGCCCGGCUUCAACUUCGACCGGAUCAUGGCCACGCUCUUCACUGACUCGGGGACGCCUCGGGAGGGAACUGUGCACCUCCUCUCGGACAUAAUCCAAGGCGUCACGGCCACCUUCACCGGGGUUCAGUACCAGCAGUCCUGGCUCUGCAUCAUCUGCAACAUCAAGUCGCUGCAGCGGCGCCACGUGUGCAUCAGCCGCCUGGAGCGGCCCCAGAACUGGGGCGAGAACUCGUGCGAGGUGCGCUUCGUGAUCCUGGUGAUGGCGCCCCCCAAGACAAAAAGCACCAAGACGGCCACGGAAGUGGCGCGGACCUUCGCCACCAUGUUCUCGGACAUCACCUUCCGCCAGCGGCUCCUGGAGACGCGCACCACGGAGGAGUUCAAGGACGCCCUGGUGCAGCAGAGGCACCUCCUGACGGUUAUCAAGCCGCAGUCGUCGGUGCUCUCCCAGCGCGAGAUCUACACCCCGGUGCGGCCCCGGCAGCACGGAACCAAGGACCUGCAGGUGAGUGCCGGGCCGCGGCGGGAGGCGGGGGAGGGGGGCCAGCCCCGGCUCCCUGCGGACCCACCUCUCCUGCCCUUCCUCCCCGGCCAGUGUCACGACUUCCUGCAGCUGGGCAAGGGGAUCAUGGACGACGUGGCCAGAAGGUUUCCUGUGUACGCUCUGGACUUCACGGAUGGUGUGAUUGGAAGCAACAAGUCUUUGGGGAAGUACCUCACGACCACAAUCUUUCUCUACUUUGCCUGCCUCCUGCCGACCAUUGCCUUCGGUUCCCUCAAUGAUGAGAACACCAAGGGAGUCAUUGAUGUGAAGAAAACGAUCGCCGGCCAGAGCAUCGGCGGCCUCCUGUAUGCGCUGUUUUCGGGGCAGCCCUUGGUGGUGCUGCUGACCACGGCACCGCUGGCCCUCUACAUCCACGUCAUCCGUGGCAUCUGUGACGACUACAACCUGGAUUUUCACGCCUUCUACGCCUGGACCGGGCUGUGGAACAGCUUCUUCCUGGCGGUCUAUGCCAUCUUCAACUUGAGUCUUCUCAUGAAGGUUUUCAAGAGAUCCACAGAGGAGAUCAUCGCGCUCUUCAUUUCCAUCACCUUUGUGCUGGAUGCCGUCAAGGGCAUGGUCAAAAUCUUCCAGAAGUACUACUUCGGUGCACACGUGAGCGAGUACGGGGAAGCGCACCUCUCCCCGGCCGAGCUGAGCCUUAACAGCAGCAUCCUGAUGAACUCUUCGCACUCGGCGGACGGCGACGGGGAGCCUCCGGGCCGGGAGACGGCCCUCCUGAGCCUCAUGCUCAUGCUGGGCACCGUCUGGCUGGGUCACACGCUGUACCAGUUCAAGAAGAGCCCGUACCUCCACGGCCGAGUGCGGGAGGCCCUGUCGGACUGCGCGCUGCCCAUCUCGGUGCUCACCUUCUCCAUCGUGGGCUCCUUUGUCUUCCACGGAAUUAAGAUGUCCAAGUUCAGCUACAACCCCAGCGAGAGCCUGUUUGAGCUGGCAAAGGUGCAGUCGCUGUCCUUGGGCGCCGUGGGCAGCGCCAUGGGCCUGGGCUUCCUCCUCUCCAUGCUCUUCUUCAUCGAGCAGAAUCUGGUCGCUGCCUUGGCCAAUGCCCCAGAGAACAGGCUGGUGAAGGGCACAGCCUACCACUGGGACCUGCUGCUGAUCGCCUUGAUCAACAUGGGGCUCUCUCUGUUCGGCCUGCCCUGGCUGCACGCGGCCUACCCCCACUCGCCGCUGCACGUGCGGGCGCUGGCCUUUGUGGAGGAGCGAGUGGAGUUCGGGCACAUCUGUGAGACGAUCGUGAGUGUGAAGGAGACGCGCCUGACCACGCUGGGGGCCAGCAUCCUGGUGGGGCUGUCGCUGCUGCUGCUGCCCUUCCCCCUGCAGUCCAUCCCCAAGGCCGUGCUCUACGGGCUCUUCCUCUACAUCGCCCUCACCUCCCUCGACAACAGCCAGCUCUGCGAGAGGAUCGCCCUCCUCCUCAAGGAGCAGACAGCGUACCCCCCCACGCACUACAUUCGCCGGGUGCCGCAGAGGAAGAUCCACUACUUCACAGGCCUGCAAGUGCUCCAGCUGCUGCUGCUCUGUGCCUUUGGCAUGUCGUCCCUGCCCUACAUGAAGAUGAUCUUCCCCCUCAUCAUGAUUGCCAUGAUUCCCAUCCGGUACAUCCUGAUGCCCCGAAUCAUUGAAGCCAAAUAUUUAGAUGCCAUGGAUGCAGAGCACUGAGGAGCCCCUGACCCAAGUCUUGGCCUCCGCCCUCGGGCGCCCCGCUGCCCUGGCUCAGGUGGAGCUGCGCUGCUUCGCUUCUCUGCCCACCCUCCCAUCCUGAGCCCCUCGAGUCUCUACCUCUGUCUCUGAUUCUUUUCCACAGCUGAUUUUCUCUUUGUAUCUGUCCCUCCCCAAGGGCUUUGCUUCCCAGGGUUCCCCGAGGCCAGGCUGCUCUAGGGGGCGCUGGGAGGGACGGGCCUUCCUCUGCCUCUGCUCCCCUCCCCCCUCCCAGCCCCCAGCCCGGGAGUAAGGCUUUGGGCAGCUCAUGUGAGUUAAGUCCCCAUGUGGCAGAGAGCGGGGGCGCCAGCGGGCCCAGCGGUCAGGGCGCCAUCCUGGGCCCUCGCGCUGCGGCUGCAUGGGCGCACUGCGCCCGAAGGGUUUUUGCCUUUGACAAUCAGUUAUGCUUCCCAUCAUUUGGGCUUGGCCACGCAUGCACAUCCUACUUUCCUUGGGCUCCUGGGUGAACGUCCCUCAGUCCUGCAGGCCCAGGCCGAGGGGGUUCCCCUCCCCUCCCCUCCCCUCUGGACAGGGAGAGGGAAACCCCAGCCAGAGUAGUAUUUCCUGGCAGCACAGGCUGGUGGGCUCCGUGCAAGCACAUGUGCGCGUACCCUCCACCCUCUCAUAGGAGCAGGGGCUGGGCCCAAGAACUAGGUCUCCCAUUGCAGGCCUGGGGGACUCCAAGCUGAGCAGUGUGGAUUUUCUUUUGAUAAAAGAGUCACUACUGGAAGAGAAAUGAUUUCCUUGAUUGUAUAAGGAACUCGCUGUGAGCAUUGCAGAGAAUAAAGCUUGUUUCUACACUUCUA